GACGCGCCGAACUUGUGAACCUGAAAAGUACCUUUUUUUUUUUUUUGCCGAAAAAGACACCCUUUCAACGUUUUUUCUGAACGCGGUACGUGCGUAGCAGGCCAGUCGAAUGUUGGGAGUGGCUGCGUGGAACCCGGAACAACCGACACCUUAAUAAUGGUAAUCUAGCUGGCUAGGCUUUUCCUUCAUUAACCAGUUUUAUUAAGUGAACGUUCGAUUGCUGUGGACUUUAAAAACAGAGACGGCCAAAGACACAUUCAUUUGAUUGCGAGUGGACGAAAUAACGACAUGGAUUUCAAAUCCAUCUCACGGCGUUUGCCAUUGUUGGCCUCCGUAUUAUUGGGGCUGGUGCUUCAUACAGUCUUAUCACAGACUGAAGGACCACAGAGCCUAGUCUUCUUCAACGGAACAGCCACCGUUGAAACCAACACAAUAUUUUCUGCUCAAGGACAGAUAACGUUACAAUUCAGGACUUGCACUGGCGGCGAGCUUUUCUCGCAGACUAAUGGUGAUCAGACCAUCGCAGUGAGCAUAAACGAAACAGGCUCCAUCCGCAUCCGCUGGAACAGUGGUUCGGGCACGAAAGAGACUGCUGUAGGUGAAGGGUUCAACGACAACCUGUGGACGAUUAUUGAUUUUGUGUACGUUGGAAAUUCUUUGGUGCUGAGGGUACGGGAUGAGGCCAUCGAGCUGGCGACGUUCAUUAAGAACCCAACGCUUCUGGAUCUGGCUUUGUCUCCGGUGAUGGUCCUUGGAACGGGCUUUACAGGAUGCAUGGAGGAGAUAGUGGGGAUCGAUUUUGCCAACGCAGUGUCCUGGUCGAACGCGAGAUGGGGAGUCUGCCCUCUUGAUCAAGACAUCGGAUGUGGACCUCAAGACCGCCCUUGUGCCAUUCAGCCGUGUCUUAACAAUGGUGUAUGCAGCAGUGAUGGUAUCGGAUUCACCUGCCAGUGCACUUCAAGAUACAGCGGCACCACCUGUGAAAAUGAUCUAGGUGGUGAUGCCACUCCUCCAGUUUUGUCCGGUUGCCCAGGAACAAUAGCUCUGCAGGUGCCUGAUGGUACCCCGUCAGCUGUUGCAACUUGGACACCACCGACAGCCACAGAUAGUCAGGGCACGGCCAGUGUCCUCUCCAAUGGAAACAACCCUGGAAGUUCUUAUCCAGUAGGCUCUACCACCGUGAUAUAUACAGCCAAAGAUGAAGCUGGCCUGCAGUCUAAAUGUGCCUUUAACAUCCUUGUUACCUCCGGAGGAGGGGGAGCUGUGGUGGAUGGCAUUCCACCGGUGUUAUAUAAUUGCACCUAUGCAGUCUUUGGUCAAUUAAUUAAUAAUAGUGAAUUGGUCUCUGUAUCAUGGGAGUUACCCUCUGCUACUGAUGACGGAGUUGUGAUAGAUUUCACCAUUGGAUUAACGUUCACAAGUGCUUUUUUCCCAGAGGGUAGAACUGGACCUUUUAGUUGGAGGUUUAGUGACGCUGCAGGAAAUGAAGUCACUUGUGAGCUGUACAUUUUUGCUGCAGUUGCUCGCACGGACACCACUCCUCCAAGUGUGACCUCCUGCCCAGGCGAUGUAACUGCAGCUUCUUCCGAUGGCUUGCCAGUUCCUGUCACAUGGACAGAGCCCACGGCUUCUGAUGGACAAACUGCAGUAUUGACCAUUUCAUCUACUCGUAAUACGGGAGAUUCAUUUGGCGUUGGAACAACUCCAGUGAGAUACAUCUUCAUUGAUGAUCAGGCAAACACUGCCAACUGUGAUUUCAAUGUCAUUGUGACCGUUGGUGCUGUUGAUACCAACCCCCCAGUGAUCACUGGAUGCCCAUCAACGAUUGUUCUGUCAGCUCCAGCAGGAGCAACAUCUGCUACAGCCACAUGGAUACCACCAGAAGCAUCCGAUGCCGAAACGUCCGCCGAAACGUCUGUGACAAUCAUCAGUGAUGCAAACCCUGGUAUAUCUGUGCCAGUGGGAGGAAACCGCUUAGUCACUUACACAGCCAGUGACGUCAAUGGCCUCCAAGCAAUCUGCUCUUUCAAUAUAAUCGUGUCAGGAACUGUUGGAAACCAGGCACCGCAGCUUUUCAAUUGUCCAGCAUCUGCUUCUGGAGUUUUAAUUCCACCAGCAAACUCAGUUGCUGUUUUCUGGACACCACCCACUGCAACCGAUGAUUCUGGCACACCAGCAAUAACAAGUACUUUCCAACCUGGCAGUCAGUUUUUUGUUGGUGUAACUCCUGUUACGUACACAGCAAGGGAUGCAGCUGGGCUGGCAACUAGCUGUUCCUUCCAGGUCACAGUUACACAAGGAACUGUUGGAAACCAGGCACCGCAGCUUUUCAAUUGUCCAGCAUCUGCUUCUGGAGUUUUAAUUCCACCAGCAAACUCAGUUGCUGUUUUCUGGACACCACCCACUGCAACCGAUGAUUCUGGCACACCAGCAAUAACAAGUACUUUCCAACCUGGCAGUCAGUUUUUUGUUGGUGUAACUCCUGUUACGUACACAGCAAGGGAUGCAGCUGGGCUGGCAACUAGCUGUUCCUUCCAGGUCACAGUUACACAAGCUGUUGGAAACCAGGCACCGCAGCUUUUCAAUUGUCCAGAAUCUGCUUCUGGAGUUUCAAUUCCACCAGCAAACUCAGUUGCUGUUUCCUGGACACCACCCACUGCAACCGAUGAUUCUGGCACACCAGUACUAACAAGUUCUUUUCAACCUGGCAGUCAGUUUUUUGUUGGUGUAACUCCUGUUACAUACACAGCAAGGGAUGCAGCUGGGCUGGCAACUAGCUGUUCCUUCCAGGUCACAGUUACACAAGCUGUUGGAAACCAGGCACCGCAGCUUUUCAAUUGCCCAGCAUCUGCUUCUGGAGUUUUAAUUCCACCAGCAAACUCAGUUGCUGUUUCCUGGACACCACCCACUGCAACCGAUGAUUCUGGCACACCAGUACUAACAAGUACUAUCCAACCUGGCAGUCAGUUUGUUGUUGGUGUUACUCCUGUUACGUACUCAGCAAGGGAUGCAGCUGGGCUGGCAACUAGCUGUUCCUUCCAGGUCACAGUUACACAAGCUGUUGGAAACCAGGCACCGCAGCUUUUCAAUUGCCCAGCAUCUGCUUCUGGAGUUUUAAUUCCACCAGCAAACUCAGUUGCUGUUUCCUGGACACCACCCACUGCAACCGAUGAUUCUGGCACACCAGUACUAACAAGUACUAUCCAACCUGGCAGUCAGUUUGUUGUUGGUGUUACUCCUGUUACGUACUCAGCAAGGGAUGCAGCUGGGCUGGCAACUAGCUGUUCCUUCCAGGUCACAGUUACACAAGCUGUUGGAAACCAGGCACCGCAGCUUUUCAAUUGUCCAGAAUCUGCUUCUGGAGUUUCAAUUCCACCAGCAAACUCAGUUGCUGUUUCCUGGACACCACCCACUGCAACCGAUGAUUCUGGCACACCAGUACUAACAAGUACUAUCCAACCUGGCAGUCAGUUUGUUGUUGGUGUUACUCCUGUUACGUACUCAGCAAGGGAUGCAGCUGGGCUGGCAACUAGCUGUUCCUUCCAGGUCACAGUUACACAAGCUGUUGGAAACCAGGCACCGCAGCUUUUCAAUUGCCCAGCAUCUGCUUCUGGAGUUUUAAUUCCACCAGCAAACUCAGUUGCUGUUUCCUGGACACCACCCACUGCAACCGAUGAUUCUGGCACACCAGUACUAACAAGUACUAUCCAACCUGGCAGUCAGUUUGUUGUUGGUGUUACUCCUGUUACGUACUCAGCAAGGGAUGCAGCUGGGCUGGCAACUAGCUGUUCCUUCCAGGUCACAGUUACACAAGCUGUUGGAAACCAGGCACCGCAGCUUUUCAAUUGUCCAGAAUCUGCUUCUGGAGUUUCAAUUCCACCAGCAAACUCAGUUGCUGUUUCCUGGACACCACCCACUGCAACCGAUGAUUCUGGCACACCAGUACUAACAAGUUCUUUUCAACCUGGCAGUCAGUUUUUUGUUGGUGUAACUCCUGUUACGUACACAGCAAGGGAUGCAGCUGGGCUGGCAACUAGCUGUUCCUUCCAGGUCACAGUUACACAAGCUGUUGGAAACCAGGCACCGCAGCUUUUCAAUUGCCCAGCAUCUGCUUCUGGAGUUUUAAUUCCACCAGCAAACUCAGUUGCUGUUUCCUGGACACCACCCACUGCAACCGAUGAUUCUGGCACACCAGUACUAACAAGUACUAUCCAACCUGGCAGUCAGUUUGUUGUUGGUGUUACUCCUGUUACGUACUCAGCAAGGGAUGCAGCUGGGCUGGCAACUAGCUGUUCCUUCCAGGUCACAGUUACACAAGCUGUUGGAAACCAGGCACCGCAGCUUUUCAAUUGCCCAGCAUCUGCUUCUGGAGUUUUAAUUCCACCAGCAAACUCAGUUGCUGUUUCCUGGACACCACCCACUGCAACCGAUGAUUCUGGCACACCAGUACUAACAAGUACUAUCCAACCUGGCAGUCAGUUUGUUGUUGGUGUUACUCCUGUUACGUACUCAGCAAGGGAUGCAGCUGGGCUGGCAACUAGCUGUUCCUUCCAGGUCACAGUUACACAAGCUGUUGGAAACCAGGCACCGCAGCUUUUCAAUUGUCCAGAAUCUGCUUCUGGAGUUUCAAUUCCACCAGCAAACUCAGUUGCUGUUUCCUGGACACCACCCACUGCAACCGAUGAUUCUGGCACACCAGUACUAACAAGUUCUUUUCAACCUGGCAGUCAGUUUUUUGUUGGUGUAACUCCUGUUACGUACACAGCAAGGGAUGCAGCUGGGCUGGCAACUAGCUGUUCCUUCCAGGUCACAGUUACACAAGCUGUUGGAAACCAGGCACCGCAGCUUUUCAAUUGUCCAGAAUCUGCUUCUGGAGUUUCAAUUCCACCAGCAAACUCAGUUGCUGUUUCCUGGACACCACCCACUGCAACCGAUGAUUCUGGCACACCAGUACUAACAAGUACUAUCCAACCUGGCAGUCAGUUUGUUGUUGGUGUUACUCCUGUUACGUACUCAGCAAGGGAUGCAGCUGGGCUGGCAACUAGCUGUUCCUUCCAGGUCACAGUUACACAAGCUGUUGGAAACCAGGCACCGCAGCUUUUCAAUUGCCCAGCAUCUGCUUCUGGAGUUUUAAUUCCACCAGCAAACUCAGUUGCUGUUUCCUGGACACCACCCACUGCAACCGAUGAUUCUGGCACACCAGUACUAACAAGUACUUUCCAACCUGGCAGUCAGUUUGUUGUUGGUGUUACUCCUGUUACGUACUCAGCAAGGGAUGCAGCUGGGCUGGCAACUAGCUGUUCCUUCCAGGUCACAGUUACACAAGCUGUUGGAAACCAGGCACCGCAGCUUUUCAAUUGCCCAGCAUCUGCUUCUGGAGUUUUAAUUCCACCAGCAAACUCAGUUGCUGUUUCCUGGACACCACCCACUGCAACCGAUGAUUCUGGCACACCAGUACUAACAAGUACUAUCCAACCUGGCAGUCAGUUUGUUGUUGGUGUUACUCCUGUUACGUACUCAGCAAGGGAUGCAGCUGGGCUGGCAACUAGCUGUUCCUUCCAGGUCACAGUUACACAAGCUGUUGGAAACCAGGCACCGCAGCUUUUCAAUUGUCCAGAAUCUGCUUCUGGAGUUUCAAUUCCACCAGCAAACUCAGUUGCUGUUUCCUGGACACCACCCACUGCAACCGAUGAUUCUGGCACACCAGUACUAACAAGUUCUUUUCAACCUGGCAGUCAGUUUUUUGUUGGUGUAACUCCUGUUACGUACACAGCAAGGGAUGCAGCUGGGCUGGCAACUAGCUGUUCCUUCCAGGUCACAGUUACACAAGCUGUUGGAAACCAGGCACCGCAGCUUUUCAAUUGUCCAGAAUCUGCUUCUGGAGUUUCAAUUCCACCAGCAAACUCAGUUGCUGUUUCCUGGACACCACCCACUGCAACCGAUGAUUCUGGCACACCAGUACUAACAAGUACUUUUCAACCUGGCAGUCAGUUUUUUGUUGGUGUAACUCCUGUUACGUACACAGCAAGGGAUGCAGCUGGGCUGGCAACUAGCUGUUCCUUCCAGGUCACAGUUACACAAGCUGUUGGAAACCAGGCACCGCAGCUUUUCAAUUGUCCAGAAUCUGCUUCUGGAGUUUCAAUUCCACCAGCAAACUCAGUUGCUGUUUCCUGGACACCACCCACUGCAACCGAUGAUUCUGGCACACCAGUACUAACAAGUACUUUCCAACCUGGCAGUCAGUUUUUUGUUGGUGUAACUCCUGUUACGUACACAGCAAGGGAUGCAGCUGGGCUGGCAACUAGCUGUUCCUUCCAGGUCACAGUUACACAAGGAGCUGUUGGAAACCAGGCACCGCAGCUUUUCAAUUGCCCAGCAUCUGCUUCUGGAGUUUUAAUUCCACCAGCAAACUCAGUUGCUGUUUCCUGGACACCACCCACUGCAACCGAUGAUUCUGGCACACCAGUACUAACAAGUACUAUCCAACCUGGCAGUCAGUUUGUUGUUGGUGUUACUCCUGUUACGUACUCAGCAAGGGAUGCAGCUGGGCUGGCAACUAGCUGUUCCUUCCAGGUCACAGUUACACAAGGUGACCUUUGCAGCAACCCAUCAUUUGCUCUGGACUGCAUCAACGGUGCCUGCAUGGAGGAUGGGGAGUCCAACACCACCUUCUGCAGGUGCGCCACGGGGUACGGAGGACCGGCAUGUAACACCAGCUCCACUCUAUGCGACAAUAACCCUUGUGGUGCCAGCGGCGAGUGCCAGACCAAUGCUGCUUUGGAUGACAUCAUCUGCCAUUGUUCAGCAGGUUAUGGAGGCACUCUGUGUACCUUAGAAAUCCAUGACUGUGAGGUGAAUCCAUGCUUGAACAGAGGAGCCUGCCAGGAUGGCAUCAACUCCUUCACAUGUGAUUGCACCGGUACAGGUUACUCUGGAACCCGCUGCGAAACCAACGUAAAUGAGUGCCAGAACAGCCCUUGCCAGAACGGAGCAGGCUGCUCCGACACCAACGGUGGGUACUACUGCACCUGCACGGCGGGGAACAUCGGGCCCAACUGUGAAGAAAACCUCUGCUCGUUGACUCCAUGCGAGAACGGUGCCACGUGCUCUGUCAACGAAGGGAAUAUCAUUUGCACAUGUGCUGGAGGAUUCGAGGGGGGUCGCUGCGAAACGGACAUUGACGAAUGCGUCUCGCAGCCAUGCCAAAACGGCGGCAUAUGUGUCGAUAACCCUAACGAGUUUCAGUGUUUUUGUGCUGAAGACUAUAUAGGUAUUAUAUGCGAGAUAGAACUAGAUGAGUGUGAUCAGGAGGAUAUCAAUUCAUGUCUGAACGGCGCAACUUGCAUGGACUUACCCGUAGGCCACUCUUGCAAUUGCAUUCCGGGCUUCACCGAUGCCGACUGCGGGACAAAUAUAGACGAGUGUGCGAGUUCUCCGUGCUCCAACAACGCUACUUGUGUGGACGAGGUCAACCAAUUCAGAUGCGAGUGUGCACCAGGCUUCAGCGGGAUCAAGUGCGAGAUCAACAUCAACGAGUGUGCAUCAAACCCCUGCGAUAAUGGUGGAGUGUGCACGGACGAAGUGAAUGGGUACGCAUGCAACUGCUCUGACACAGGGUCCGAUGGACCUCGGUGCACCGACAUCUGCUCUAGCAACCCAUGUCCAGGGGGUGCAGACUGUCUUGACAGAGAUGACGGAUAUGAAUGUAAGUGGAGAUUUCCAUCAAACAAAUCGUAAUGGUGGUUAGUUUACCUGACUGCUAAGAAAGCAUAAAAGCUUGUAAGUAAGCAACCAGACGGCCGACGGCUUUAGGUCCUUUCCAAGGGACCUGGU